AUGCACUCAUACAACGGCUGUUUCCUCUACUUCAGUCUCGAGGGAGUCUUCCGCUCCUCCAAAAACAUCACCGAAAUUUUAUUGGCAAUCUACUCAGCGGUCUACUCCUCUAUCCUCUCGUUCCUGACAAUCCAAUACAUGUUCCGAACGUGUCUUGUCAUGAAACCCCGUCUGGUAGAAUAUUUCCAAGGAUGGCGAUGUGUGUUCUGGUUGGGUUAUGUUUUCGUCUUCGGAUUCGCUUGGGGAUUCAUAACCUAUGUCUACGCCUACCCAGAUGAUUAUGCCAGGGAGUAUGUCAGAAGCGAGAUGUAUGAACAAUACGAAGUGCAUUCCAACGACGUCCCGUUAUUUGUGCUUUUAGCUUACGGGGAACGUAAUAAUACGAAAUUUGUGAGAUUUCAAAGUCUCAUUUGCAUUUUUGGGGAUAUGGGAAUUAUGACGCUACAGUAUGCCAUUAUGAUGAUUUGCGGGUUUUUGUUGUAUAAAAAAAUCUCGAAUGAUCUGAAGGAGGCGACGGCGAUGACGGCGUACAGUCAAGUGCAGAAACAGUUUUUCAAGGCGUUGUUGUAUCAGCUCCUCGCCCCAUCUCUCCUGGUUCAUCUCCCCGCGGUCCCCCUUUUCUUCGCCCCAUUUUUCGACAUGAAAUUCAGUUUUCGGACCCGCGUCGUUGUCUACUUUUUUAGUGUCUAUCCACUUCUGGACAGUCUUAUUUUGUUCAUUGUGGUGUCCGAUUAUAAGCAUGCUGUGAGAAAGAUCAUUGCCAACCGUGCUGUCCAGGUACUCUCCCUUCUGAAUGUCGCGUCGGUGGCACCCACGACAAGUACCACGCGUUACAGAGUGGCGGAAGUAGUCUACUGUGGAGUGUACUCAACGAUUCUUGCUUCUCUGGCAGUCCAAUUUUUCUAUCGAGCCUGUGCUAUUGCUGCACCAAACUACGUCAAAUAUUUCAACGGCUGGAACUACAUUUUUUGUAUUUUGUACUCGAUGAUUUGUGGUAUCGGGUGGCCCCUCACCACUACUAUAGCCUCUCCGGAUGAAAUGACUGAUGCCUAUUUGAAGGACGAAAUACUUUCGAAAUAUGGUGUCCCAGUCAAGGAUGUGGCAAAUUUUGCAGUUCUUGCUUAUAACGGCGAAGGCGAGUCAAAAACACUGCGCUGGAACAGUGUCGCUUGCAUCUUAACAGUCUCAUCACUGUUAAGUUUUCAGUAUAUGGUUAUGUUGAUAAGUGGGAUGUUGGUCUACCGGGAGAUUCAAAAGAAAUCGAGAUGCUCGCAAUCUAGUAAACACGAAAAGUUGCAGAAACAGGUUUUUGUGGCUCUGGUUUAUCAGGUCGCCGCGCCAACCAUCUUCAUCCAACUUCCCUCGUUUAUCGUCCUAACCAUUCCAUUCCUUGACCUCCAGUUCAGUUUUCGUGGCUCCAUCAUAAUCUACGGAUAUUGCACAUACCCAUUCGUCGAUUUUCUGAUAAUUCUCAAAGUUAUAACAGAAUACCGUAAUGCAUAUAAACGAUUUCUGAUAAAAGUGGCCAAUCGAUUCACCGAAUUCUUGGGAUACAAUAUACCACCAACAACAACUGUAGCUCACUCGACAACUGUUAGCAGGACGUUGGCAAAAAGUGCAACGUAA